UGGCUCCGGAGGGAGGUGUCGGCCCCGCCUCCCCGCGAAACAGGCAUCUGAUUGGCUGCGCCGCGGGGCUUUUGUGUCCCCGCCCUCCUCCAGGGACCGCAGCGGGCUGACAGAGCCCGGCGAGCGCUGGCAGUUCCGCGGUGGGGAUGCUGAGGAGCGCCGGCUUCGCGAGCAGUGCUGGCCACUGCGGACUUCCGAGGCACUCCGGGCUGUGAAAACCCCUGCGCCGCGGCGAACCCCAGGCCUCUGAGGCCGGCCUCAGUUCCCCAGGCUGGGCUAGAAGGAACGUCCUGCGCGGCAGCGCCGGUUCUCCGCAUCCCGAGAGACAGCCCGGGCUUCUCGAGCUUCCCCGGCGACCCCUAGUCCCGGCCUCAUCGAGCCCGGCCGCCUCAGACCCCCUCGGGUGCCCCGGGCGCGGACGAGCCGCGGCUGGGUCCUGGCGCACACCAUGAUCGUUGCGGACUCCGAGUGCCGUGCAGAGAUCAAGGGCUACCUGCCGUUCGCCAGAGGCGACGUUGCCGACCCCGGGACCGGAGAGGAGCAUCGGGAGGGCCGGGCUCGGCGAGGCCCUCGAGGGCCCAGCGCCUUCAUCCCAGUGGAGGAGCAGAUCCUUCAGGAGGGAGCCGAGAGCCUGGAGCAGCACCUGGGGCUUGAGGCUCUGAUGUCUUCAGGGCGGGUGGACAACCUGGCGGUGGUGAUGGGGCUACACCCCGACUACCUUAGCAGCUUUUGGCGCCUGCACUACCUGCUGCUGCGGACAGACGGACCACUGGCCAGCUCCUGGCGCCACUACAUUGCCAUCAUGGCUGCUGCCAGACACCAGUGUUCUUACCUGGUGGGUUCCCACAUGACUGAGUUCCUGCAGACUGGCGGUGACCCUGAGUGGCUGCUGGGCCUCCACCGGGCCCCUGAAAAGCUACGCAAACUCAGCGAGAUCAACAAGUUACUGGCACAUCGGCCGUGGCUUAUCACCAAGGAGCAUAUCCAGGCCUUACUGAAGACUGGAGAACACAGCUGGUCCCUGGCCGAACUCAUCCAGGCGCUGGUCCUGCUUACCCACUGUCAUUCUCUGGCCUCCUUUGUGUUUGGCUGUGGAAUACUUCCUGAAGGAGAUGCAGAGGGCAGCCCCUCCUCACAGGCACCCUCGCCCCCCAGUGAGCAAGGCAGUCCCCCAAGUGGGGACCCACUGAACAACUCUGGGGGCUUUGAAGCCGCUCGUGACGUGGAAGCUCUGAUGGAACGCAUGAGGCAGCUGCAAGAGAGCCUGCUGCGGGACGAGGGGGCUUCCCAGGAGGAAAUGGAGAACCGUUUUGAGCUGGAGAAGUCAGAAAGCCUGCUGGUGACCCCCUCAGCUGAUAUCCUGGAGCCCUCUCCACACCCAGACAUCCUAUGCUUCGUGGAAGACCCCUCUUUUGGAUAUGAAGACUUCACUCGUCGAGGGACUCAGGCCCCCCCGACCUUCCGUGCCCAGGACUAUACCUGGGAAGACCAUGGCUACUCACUGAUCCAGCGGCUCUACCCUGAGGGAGGACAGCUGCUGGACGAGAAGUUUCAGGUGGCCUACAGCCUCACCUAUAACACCAUCGCCAUGCACAGUGGCGUGGACACCUCCAUGCUCCGCAGGGCCAUCUGGAACUACAUCCACUGUGUCUUUGGCAUCAGAUAUGAUGACUAUGAUUAUGGGGAAGUAAACCAGCUCCUAGAAAGGAACCUCAAAAUUUAUAUCAAGACCGUGGCCUGCUACCCAGAGAAGACAACCCGCAGAAUGUACAAUCUUUUCUGGAGGCACUUUCGCCACUCAGAGAAGGUUCACGUGAACUUGCUGCUCCUUGAGGCCCGCAUGCAAGCAGCCCUGCUCUACGCCCUUCGGGCUAUCACCCGCUACAUGACCUGACUCCCUCGCAUGCAGGACCAGCACCCGGAGCAGCUGACCCUGGGGCACCGUCCUCUCUGUCAGGACUUCUUGGUCUGGAGACAGAUCCAUGACCCUUUCUGUCUCGUGUCCCUCCACCAAUUGCUGGGGCGGGCAUGUGUGUGGUGUGAGGCCCCCAAGGCAAGCCACACCUUCCUUUUCCUCACUGGACUGGAUAGGAUCGUUGCACUGACUUUGGGGUCUCAGCUCUGCCCCUGGAGUGGAGGGGAAGAAAGCUAGGAAAGCCCAAGGGGCCAUGACCCUUUUUCUUUCCCUGCUCCCAUUAGCAGAUGAAGGCUACAGAGCUAAGGUCAGGCUUACAUGCUGGCAGGCAGGACCCCAGGAACCACGAGUGCUGACUUCCUGGACUGGGACGCCCCUGGCUGCCAGUGUAGAAGAGGAGCAAAGACUCCCAGGGACUAACACUCCAGGAAAGCUUGCCUUCCCUCCCUCCUCAUUCUUUAAGUUCAUCACCUCCCACCUGCCUUCCACCCAUCAAUGUGAAAGUUGGACUCACAGCUGGUCUGUGUGCCCAGUUUCCCCAAAGCCUGUCCUUUUGGGCAGCCUGUUCUCUGGUUGCCUGAGUACUGGUUCAGUUCUUUUGUCUCCUUUGCCCUCAUACCCUUUUCUCCCAUGCCUGGGAAAGGGGCCAAGCAUAUCCAAAGAACACGCUGUCUCUAGAGAGUCGGGGCCCGUGUCGGUUCCUCUGGUGUCUGAAGAGUAAGGAGUAAUGGCUGAUGAAUUCUGUAUUUGGGUCUUGAGGGCCUCACUGUGGAGCCAGAGUCAAGGCCUAGGAGGGAGGAGAUCCUGUUCCAGACUGUACUGACAUGCAGAGGCUGGCAUCCCAUUCUCCUGACCCCUUGGGCUCUGCCAAGACUGCUUACCAAAAAAAAAAAAAAAAAAGACCCUUUCUUAGGUGGCACCAGGACCGACCUGGUAAAAGGCAUAUACCAAGGUUCUCUUUCUUUCUCUUGGUAUGUGGCCACACCCCUUGGACCUCACGGUCGCAGACUGAGGGGUUGGCUUAAGUUUCUCAAGGUUUGACACUCUCUGGGCUCUCAGGCCGAACCGUCAACAGCAGGCUGAUUCUCUUGCAAGACCUUGAAGGCCUCUGGGGGCCUUAUUCUACAUCAGCCUUUCCUGGCUGCCUUCCAAGGGCCACCACCCCCGGCCCAGUGUCCAUCAGUCCCCUCUCCUGGAUUUAAUGGAUUAGUUGGCAGCAGCAGCCAAGACUGACAAGCACUUUGCAUAGCAAACAACUGUGAAUUCUGACUUCCCUUUCCCUUCCACCAGCAGUAGGUACCUCCUCUCAGGUACCUCCUCUGCUGGUAUUUUCCACUCUCCACCCUUGGGCCAGGCACAACAGGAGCUUGGCCAGUGUGCCACAUUUCAUACCCUCAUACCCGUGCAGGCACAGGAAGCAGCUAGUACCCCCUCCAGGCCUGAAACCCCUCCCUGCAAUGAAGGUGGGCAAGAGGGGAGGGCCUCCCCAGCAUGGGAGUAAGUUCUAGAGGGGAUGUGAUGACGCUGACAGUGUCCCCUGGGUGGGUGGGAAGGGCAUCCAGUGUUAAAGUGCAGAAACCUUUGAUGUUGUGAGCAUUUCUAGGUAAUAGAAAUAAAGGUUCGCUGAGGUUU